AUGGCUGACCAUGGCUAUGCGCGAGAUGAAGAGAAUAUUGAGGAGGAUGAAGUGGAUGACACCAGUUUUCGGGCCGUCAAGGAUGCGGUUCUCUUCGCGAUCGAUGUUAGCAGCUCCAUGCUGAAUCCCCGUGCCUCAUCGGAUCCUAAGAAACCUGGUGAAGAAUCCCCUACCUCAGCCGCGCUCAAGUGCGCCUACCAUUUGAUGCAGCAGCGUAUCAUAUCCAAUCCCCGUGACAUGAUAGGGGUGCUCUUGUAUGGAACCCAGUCAUCCAAAUUCUAUGGCGACGAUGGCAAAAGCAGUGCCGGCCUCUCAUACCCCCAUUGCUACCUUUUUUCCGACCUUAACGUUCCCUCGGCACAAGAAGUGAAAGACUUGCGGUCCCUGGUAGAGGAUGAGGAAGUGGCUCGACAGAUCUUGCAACCCUCUGACGAACGUGUAUCGAUGGCCAAUGUACUGUUUUGCGCCAACCAGAUCUUCACCUCCAGAUCUCCCAAUUUUCUGUCCCGACGGCUCUUUAUUGUGACUGACGACGACAAUCCUCAUGGUAACAGCAAGUCAGCUCAAUCUGCGGCAACCGUUCGAGCAAGAGACUUGUAUGAUUUGGGUGUCUCGAUUGAACUAUUUCCCAUCUCUCGGCCAGACCAUAAAUUCGAUACCUCCAAGUUCUAUGAUGAUAUCAUAUACAAAACCUCCCCUACAGAUGGCGAAGCUCCGGCCUAUCUGCAGCCGGACACGAACACCUCGACAGUCAAAGGAGACGGAAUUUCGUUGCUCAAUAGUCUCUUGUCAAGUAUUAAUUCUAGAUCUGUUCCAAGGCGGUCACUCUUUUCAAACGUUCCUUUGGAAAUCGGACCCAACUUCAAGGUUUCAGUCAACGGAUACCUAUUGCUGAAACGACAAGAACCCGCGCGGAGCUGCUAUGUCUGGCUCGGUGGAGAAACGCCUCAGAUCGUCAAGGGCAUCACUACCCAAAUGGCAGACGACACAGCUCACGAGGUAGAGAAGUCUGAAAUCCGAAAGGCAUAUAAAUUUGGAGGGGAACAAGUAGCUUUCACAACCGAAGAACAGCAAGCACUAAGGAAUUUUGGAGAUCCCAUCAUCCGCAUCAUCGGCUUCAAACCACUGUCUGCCCUACCCAUCUGGGCAAGCGUCAAGCAACCUUCUUUCAUUUACCCCUCUGAGGAAGAUUAUGUGGGAUCAACCCGCGUAUUCUCCGCAUUGCAACAAAAACUCCUCCGGGACGAAAAGCUCGCCUUGGUGUGGUUUAUUCCUCGCAGGAACGCCACCCCCGUACUAGCCGCCAUGAUUGCCGGAGUGGAAAAAGUCGACGAGAAUGGUGUACAAAAAGUCCCUCCUGGAAUGUGGAUUCUUCCUCUUCCUUUUGCGGAUGAUGUGCGACAGAACCCAGAAUCGACCAUGAACGUGGCCCCAGACUCCUUAAUUGACGCAAUGCGCGCAGUCAUUGAACAACUGCAACUACCGAACGGCGUUUAUGAUCCUCAGAAAUAUGCAAAUCCUGCGCUUCAAUGGCACUAUCGUAUUCUACAGGCUCUUGCCUUGGACGAAGACUACCCCGGAACCCCAGAGGAUAAGACCAUUCCACGCUACCGGCAAAUUGAUAAGCGCGCUGGAGACUACGUCCUUGCCUGGUCUGAGGAACUUGACACUCAAUUCAACAAAAUAUUCGGUGGCACGGCUGCUACAAAGUCCACUCUGGUCAAACGAGGUCCAAAGGAACGUGUGGAUGGUGACAAAGCGGGAGAUCCUCCGGCAAAGCGGGUGAAGGUCGAAGAUGGCGCAGGCAAUAUUGAUGAUGAAGUUCGACGAUUUUAUGACAAAGGGAUUGUCUCAAAGCUCACAAUGCCGGUGCUCAAGGAAUUUUUGACCGCGCACGGCCGCUCCACGGCUGGAAAGAAGGCUGAUCUUGUAGACCAAGUCGAGCAAUUCUUCGAGCAAAAGUCCUGA